AUUGUUGCCAUUCAUGGCAUCGGGGCACAUCCAGAUGAUACCUGGUGUAAGCUCCGUGAAACGGACCUCGACAAGACUAGGCCCGAAAACUAUGUCAACUGGCUCGAUGAUCCCGAUAUGCUUCCUUCAAUAGCACCAAAUGCGCGGAUCAUGCGCUAUGGAUACGAGUCAGCCUGGUGCGAACCAGAAGUCACUGGGCGACAGCCAUCGCGUAUUGCACCAGAAGUCAUCAAGCAGAAAACAACGCAAGUAGCGAAGCGAUUCUUGUUAGCACUCAGGCGAGCGAGAAAAGUAGAACAGCGCUGUUCUCUCUUUGCAAACGACGACACUAAUUCUGACCGUAGNGAAUGUCAGAAUCGACCACUUAUCAUCAUCGCCCACUGUUUUGGCGGGUUGGUUACGCUGAAGGCUAUCCUUGACGCCCGUCACGACUCUAACGAAUGGCCUGGCAUAUUCCAGUCUGUCACCGGCCUGAUCUUCUUUGGUACACCGUUCCGCGGUGCGGAAGGCAUAAGCCAGAGCGAGAUACUGCAGGCUGCGUUGAGCAAAUACCAAGACCAGAUCCAAACCGAAGUGUUGCAAAUCCUGGAUCCAGGCAACGAGCUACUUCAGGACUUGGUGGAUACUUUUACGAAGCUCAGGUCACAGCCAAACCAAGCGCGCAUUGCAUGCUUCUAUGAGACAAAGCCCUGUGACACAUUUGUUGUCAGCGAGAGCUCAAGUUGCCUCGACGGAGGUACCUACACGGACAAGUAUUCACUCUCGCGAAACCACUUCGAAAUGAACAAGUUCAACGAUCCCUUAGAGGAAGAUUUUNNGGAAACAGUGUGCGAAGUGCUGGAGAAAAUGGUCGAGGUAGCACCUGACUUGUUGCUGGCUCGCUCUAAGGGUAUG